AUGGCACCGGAUCCGGCCGUGCUACCCGAAGAUGCCCUCGCGGAGGUCCUCCGACACCUCGCGCCCCACACCCUAGCCGCGUCCCGGCUUGUCUGCAGGGGCUGGCGCGACACCAUCGACGCCCGCCUGUGCGGCCACCUGCUCUCGCGCUCGGUGCGCGGGAUCUUCAUCAACUUCACCCAGCUUAGAUUCUCCGAGUUCUUCUCCUGUCCCUCAACAGGCCCAGAGAUCUGCGGAGGGCUCGACUUCUUGCCCUGCACGGGCGUCAGGGUCACGGACCACUGCAACGGGCUCUUGCUUUGCCGUGGUCUGAGGCACGAGCGCGACAAGGCACUGCCGAGCGAUUAUGUCGUCAACCCGGCCACACGUCGGUGGACGCGUUUGCCCCAAUGCCGUCCGCCACACAUGCCGGGAUUCGACCACAGCGCCUACCUCGCGUUCGAGCCAGGCGUGUCGCCGCAGUACGAGGUCUUUCUGAUCCCACGCUUGCUGUGUGCCAGCGUGUCAGACGACGAGGCCUCCCAUGUCAUAUGUCAUUGA